AUGACGCGCCGCUCGCCUUCAUCCGUCGUCGAUUCCUAUGCGUCGCUGCCUAUUCGCUCCACCACGUCUCCCUCUCCCUCGCCCAUCGUCCCCUGGCCUUCAGUCCUCCCCAAGUACGACACGUGUCCGACGCCUUAUGAUCCCAAUGUCGUCCGCGACGGUCCCAUAACCGCCAUCGUUACCAACCCCGACCUGCCCCGCACCAUAUCCAGGGCGUCCCAGAGCUUCCUUCUCGCCGACAUGGACGGCCGCAGCGUGAGGGACAACCGCGCCUGCGCCGCCUGCAUCGCCCAGCUGGCGCCAAAAGAAACGAGCCAGAUCAACUGGCACCUCGACAGCGACGAUGACUGCCGUCUCUGCCAGGUCGCUGCUCUCAAGCCCGAGGCCUUUACCAAGCCCUUCUGCGAUUUCCUGACCGAGAACCCGACCAUCUUCCACACCGUCGAAUACUGCAAGACCAAGCUCCGCAGCGCCGAAUACCAAGAACUCCCUUCCCGCGAGUCUUGGAACGGCAGGAUUCACGCCGGCGGCAAGUACUUUGUCUCCCGCAACGGAAGCUCCAUCAUCGCCUUUGCCGUCGGCCGUGGCUACAAGACGGGCCAGGCACCAGGCUUCGCCAUGGUCGGUGGUCACAUUGACGCCCUCACCGCGCGCCUCAAGCCCGUCAGCACCAAGCCCAACAAGGCCGGCUUCCUCCAGCUCGGCGUCGCCCCCUACGCCGGCGCCCUUAACGAGACCUGGUGGGACCGUGACCUCGCAAUUGGCGGCCGCGUCAUUGUCCGCGACACCAAGACGGGCAAGACAACCUCGCGCCUUGUCCGCCUCGACUGGCCCAUUGCCAAGAUCCCCACGCUCGCUCCCCACUUUGGUGUCGGCAUCAUGGGCCAGAAAAACAAGGAGACACAGGCCGUGCCUGUUCUCGGCUUAGAGAGCACUGGCGAUAAUGCUGACACGGAGCGCCUAGGCCCCGAGGGCGCCUUUGUCAACACCCAGCCCCCGAAGCUCGUCAAGCUCAUCUCCAAGGAGCUCGGCAUCACCUCAUACAAGUCCAUUGUCAACUGGGAGCUCGAGCUCUACGACGCGCAGCCCGCCCAGACCAUCGGCCUCGACCGCGACCUGAUUUCGGCCGGCCGCAUCGAUGACAAGCUCUGCUCAUGGGGAGCCCUCAUGGGCCUCCUCGCCACAGAGGACAGAGAGGACGAGACCUACGUCAAGCUGAUAGCCCUGUUUGACGACGAAGAGAUUGGCUCUAAGCUGCGCCAGGGCGCCGGCGGCACGUUCCUCCCCUCAGUCAUCGAGCGUGCCGUCGAGGCCCUCAACCCGGAAACGUACGGCCCCGGCCUCCAGGGCCAGGUCUACGCCAAGUCUUUUCUCUUGUCCGCCGACGUCUCCCACGCCGGUAAUCCCAACUUCCUCGGCGAGUACCUCCCCGACCACACGCCCCAGCUCAACGUCGGCAUCGUCGUGGUCGGCGACUCCAACGGCCACAUGACCACCGACGCCGUCUCCACCGCCGUCCUCGCCCGCGUCGCCGAGCUCAUUGGCCACCGCCUCCAGCCCUUUCAGAUCCGCAACGACUCCCGCUCCGGCGGCACCAUUGGACCCAUGCUCUCCAGCCUUAUGGGCUGCAAGGCCGCCGACGCUGGCAUGCCCCAGCUCAGCAUGCACUCGGUCCGGGCCACCACCGGCUCCCUCGACCCCGGGCUCGGCGUCCAGUUCUUCAAGGGCUUCCUCGACAACUGGGAAAAGGUGGACAAUGAGUGGGAGCACUGA